GGAACUGAGUGGGGAGCACAUGAAGCUGAGCCACGCGCCAUCCUGUUCGGUUACACACGGAACGAGCAGCGCGAGGAAGAAGAGGAAGAGUGAGAGUCACGCGCAGCCUCUGGAUUAUAUUUAAAUCUUCAUCAUCUUCAUGUUUCCUUCACUGAGCAACAACAGCAGACGAUCUUGAUGGUGUCCAGUCGGACGACGAGACGGGAGUGACUGCGUCUUUGAUCCACUGAGGCUGAAGAGGCGUCCCUCUGCGAGCCUCGUCAAUCCGUCACCAUUCCGUCUCCCGGUUUGUCCCCGAGAAGAGUUUCAAAACUGUUCCUCCAACGCUUUUUCCAGAAGCUGGGACUGUUCUCCGGAGCUGAAGCUGCACAGCCCUCGCAGACUGAGGUGAUGGGAAGCGUGCGAGCUAGCCGCUUCAGCAUUGUAUCAUCAGAGGAGGACGGCAUGAAGCUCGCCACCAUGGCGGUGCCCAACGGCUACGGCAAGAGCAAGGUGCACACCAGGCACCAGCCACGGAGCAGAUUCGUCAAGAAGGAUGGGCACUGCAACGUGCAGUUCUUUAACGUCAGCGAGAAAGGUCAGCGCUACCUGGCCGACAUCUUCACGACGUGCGUGGACAUCCGCUGGAGGUGGAUGUUCCUCAUCUUCUGCCUGGCCUUCCUGCUGUCGUGGCUCUUCUUCGGCUGCAUCUUCUGGCUGGUGGCCAUCUUCCACGGUGACCUGGAGAGCGACGGACCCAAGUGCGUCUCCAACGUGAGCAGCUUCGCCGCCGCCUUCCUGUUCUCCAUCGAGACCCAGACCACCAUCGGUUACGGCUACAGAUACGUCACAGACGAGUGUCCCGUCGCAGUGUUCAUGGUGGUUUUCCAGAGCAUCGUGGGCUGCAUCAUCGACGCAUUCAUCAUCGGCGCCGUCAUGGCCAAGAUGGCGAAACCCAAGAAGAGGAAUGAGACUUUGGUUUUCAGCCACAACGCUACGGUGGCCAUGAGGGACAACAAACUCUGUCUGAUGUGGCGUGUGGGCAAUCUCAGGAAAAGCCACCUGGUCGAGGCUCAUGUGCGGGCGCAGCUUCUGAAGUCCCGCACGACAGCAGAGGGGGAGUACAUCCCACUCGACCAGAUGGACAUCGACGUCGGGUUCGACAGCGGCGUCGAUCGCAUCUUCCUGGUCACGCCGAUCACUAUUGUCCACGAGAUCGACGAGGACAGCCCCUUCUAUGACAUGAGCAAACAGGACCUGGACAACUCCGAGUUUGAGAUCGUGGUCAUCCUGGAGGGCAUGGUGGAGGCGACGGCCAUGACCACGCAGUGCCGCAGCUCCUACGUCGCCAGCGAGAUCCUGUGGGGCCACAGGUUCGAGCCCGUGCUCUUCGAGGAGAAGAACUACUACAAGGUGGACUACUCCCGCUUCCAUAAGACGUAUGAGGUGCCGAGCACCCCGCUGUGCAGCGCCAGAGACCUCGCCGAAAACAAAUACAUCCUCUCCAACUCCAACUCCUUCUGCUACGAGAACGAGAUGGCGCUGGAGAACAAGGAGGACACGGACGAGGGGAACGGGGGCAGCGUCGGACCCGACGGCACCCAGACGGACAACAUCUCAGAGAGCGAGCACAGCCAGGCCUUAGUGCCGAGGCCUCUGAGGCGAGAGUCCGAAAUAUGACUGUGACCUCAGACCUUCACCUGAGAAAAUUCUCUGGUCCGAAAAGGCACAAAGAGCCGAGCUGGGCCUCGAGCAGAGGACACGCCCAAUGGUACUGCUGUGGGAGGCGGCAAAGUUUAAAGACUUUGUACGCGAGAUAAAGUCGGAACAUUGUCGACGUACAGUUUGACAAACAUGACACCGCACGAUGAAGCACGUGCAAUUUUGCAGGACGAAUUUUCCACGAAUGAGUUCAGUGUCCGGUGACUGUGAGACGACCGCGGGGGAGAAAUCGCAGAAAUGACUUUAAAAAAGUGUCUGUUUUCCUGUCCAGCAAGAACACAAAGUGUUUGUUUUUAUAGAAAAUGUUUGCAAGUGCUGCUAGAAAAUAGUUGGUUUUUUUUAAUCCAAUAACACUUUUGUUUUUAUACUAAAUCAUUGUACACGAAACGUAGAAUCUGGAGCAAAGAAAGGUACAAGUGGAGGAUUUGUCUUUGUGAGCUGGUCUCACGUCGGACAAGAACUGCACCAAAAACUUUAGCUGCUUUCAGACCUGCACUGACCUCCAGACACGUUUCAGAUGAUUGUACGUGACGGUCAUUUUCCAGAACUUCGUAGACUCCGUCCAUAUGAGGGCCGAUGUUAAAAAAAAAAACAAGUUUGUUGUUCUUUGCGUUUUGUCCUUUAAUAACUCACAAAAACUGUGAAAGCUCCGCUCAUCGACAGAAAACCUAACGCCACACUGUGCGCCUGUGCGUUUGUUAGCUCGGGGAGAGUCGCAAGAUGCUCACAGAAUUAUUUUGUGGCGUUUGCCGACCACAGCGAGGCCUUACAGAUGCAGUUAUGUCGCCGCCUAUUGGCUCAGAGUGUUUUUGUGGAUAAAGGCGUUUUUUCCGCCUACGUAUGGACGACGCCUCUAGCUGGAUAAUUAGAGCGUCCCCGCCGCCUGCAAGCUCCACCCACUCACCUGGACGAUCCAGAAAAUCUUUCGGAGAAUGUUUGGACCAGAGUUUUGGAACAUUUUCCAGACUUGGCGUUUGAAAACGUCCUCGCUGAAUCUGUGUUUGGUCCGUUGCUGGUCAGACUGACGGACAUGUCCCCACUCGAGUGUCAGACUGACGGACGUCGUUGUAGGCUCGCGUUAACAAAACUGAGAGAAACCGUUAAUUUAAUAAAAACUGAGAGAAUCUGAAUGUUCUUAAGUGCUGCUAAGAUGUUGCUUCUACUUUCUUUUCUUCUUGUUUUUUUUUGCGGUUGAGUAAAAAUGCCAAAGAGUAUUAUUAUAAUUAUUAUUAUUAGCAUAGUUCUGUGUUUAUUAAUAAACACCUGAUUAGAUUUGGUACAGAGAAGUUAGAAUGUUUGUGUAGAGAGUUUUUAACGCGUGUACAGUUUUUAUAUAUUCAAAGAAAAUUAUUUUGGAUAAUUUUUUCAUCUUGAGCCAAUUCCAUCAAAAGCCUUAAUCUGGAGUCGAGUAGAGAUUACAUUUUUUGUUAAAAAAAAAGGAUUCUUUUAAAAAUCUAUUUUUCUGUCAUGAAUGAAAGUGUUUUGACCGAACAUUUAUUUUUUUAUGAUGAAAACGGACACAUUUUCUCACAAAAAUAUCAAAUGUCAGUUUUUUGGCGACAAUCUGCAGACAACAAUCAACGUUACUUGACUUUUUAGAGUUCUUUGUACUGGAAAAUGUAAGAUUGAUAAUGACGUACUGUAAGUGGUGAAUAUGAAGGUAUCAAAGUGCAUUUGUUUUUUUAUUUUUCCAGCGACACACGUGUAAAUAAAAGCUCCCUCUUCCCCUCCUGCAGUUCUUUUGCAUCCGUCUUCCAAAUGUACUGCAAAAACAUGGAAUGUACAGAGUUUUGUAUUAAUAUUAUUAUUAUUGUUGUACAUGAUUUAAUAUUGUUUUUCAAUAAAAAGGUCAGUGGACAGUCAGAA